CGAAAAGUUACAUGCGACUUGGCCUCUGCAAGUAUUCAACUCAAUUUCGGCAACAUGAUCAACUACCCACCACCCAGUGCUCUCGAAAAUCUGCCUGCAGAUAUACUACUGGGGAUCAUUUCUUUCCUCGAGUCCUUGAGCGAUUUAAAUGCGCUCGUCAAUGCGUCCCCGUCGCUGCGGAGAUUCUUCACAGCGGAACGACGGCGCGUCAUCCGACAGGUUGUUCACCACGAUGCAGCUCCUGUCGUCAAAGAUGCCACGGCACUUGCGGUUAUCCCAAAUGUCGGCCAAGUUAAAGAUAAUUGUGCAAGGGAAAUGGUGAGCGCCACCAAGCUGUACGCAAUAUUUCGGGAAGCUCUCGACGCAGACACCGCAGACAUAUCAUCCAUAUCAGGCGAUCACUUGAUUGAGGCUACGCGAUGCGACUUCGUCGCUCGAGACUUUGUCACUUUGUACACCAAAGUUCAACGGCAGCAACUUUGGACUGUUGACUCAGAGGCAGCCAAGCCGCUCACAAAAGACGAAAAAGAUCGUCUCGUGCUCGCUUGCUUGCGGUAUCAACUGCUUACACAAGUCUGUCGCGACCGCGUGAGUGAAGAAACGACUAUGGAAGUACGGACAAUUUUGAAUCAAUGCUUCACACCUUGCCAGAUAGAGCAAAUUGCGGGAAUACACGACUUUGUAGGCAAGCUACACCAGUUUUUCGUCUCACACCAAGACCCAGCAGGGUUUGAUACGCCAAACACACAUGUAUUUUACGAUAUUACAACAUUCCGACAGAUCCUACGAGGUGGACUCACUAUGGGCCCAGAAAACACCAAGAUCUUUGCCGCUGCAUUGACAGAUUUGAAGUGCAUUUCGGAUCAUCAGAUUCUUAUGGGAGGUCACCAAGUACCCAGCAACUACAUUUUGGAGUACUUCCCUGUGGUAUCCUCACAGCUGGAUCUGACCCUUCACACGCUCUUGUCCCAUGAGUAUGAGAUCAGACGGCUGCGAGAUGUAAUAUACGGCUACGAAAGAAGGUUACCAGCAAUCGCCGUUGAUGACUCAAAAACGGAUCAUCCUUUUGCUUGGGUCGACGCGCACGCUAGUUUAGAUUGCCGUCGCUGGGGUUCUGAGUUGCUGCGAAAUUCCCCCGAUCACGUGGGCAUAGAUAGCACGCGAUUGGAUCGGGUGAAAGCCACCGUUGAAGCGUGGAGGCAGCUUGGCUUUUUGUACUGGGACCGAGACCGUGUUCAGCUUUUGAAGAGGUCUCUUUUGCAGUAUCGAACGGGAUGGCUUAGAAAUGUGUGGGAUCGGGCAGAUGUCUUCUAGCAUAUUAUAAGCUUUGGCCGAUGACGACAAAAAGACAUUGUAGACUCAAGAGUGGAUUAGAUAGCCCGAAGAAAAUAUCCUCGUUCACAAAUUGCC